AUGAACUCUAUCGAACUCCUUUCGAGGUGUUGGUGCGACUUUCAGCGAACCCCAUUCUUUGGCCACUUUAAUGAGACAAAAUGGGAGAUAGAUAGUCUCAAAGCGGCCACUGAAGCGGCCAACCUCACGAGUUACAUGGAGCCAGAUCCUGCGCAACCGACCAAGGAAACAAGAUGGACGAGAUGGAUUGACUCUAUUUGGUGGCAACCAGACCCUAUCAUCCCAAAGCAACCAGUGGACAAUCGCAUGGACUCGGCCUCCGCUAACGCGGUCAACUCCCCUGACCCAGCACACCAAGUGGAUACAACACCAUCUCCUAUCCACUCGCGGCCAUUGUCACGUUUAAGACGCAAGUAUGAUCUUCGGCCCUAUGGCAUCGACCUGAUCCUCGACUUUGGGUGGCAACGGUUCUGA